AUGAUCCCCCAUGAUGAAGAGGAAGAGGAAGAGGAAGACAGCACGAGCAGAGAGGAUGAGAAGAGUUUUAUAAAAAAGGAAGAAGAGAAGGAAAAGAAGAGAAGGAUUUGGAUCCUUAGAAAAAUUAAAGAUGAUGCGCGAGAGGAAAAAGAGAAACGUAAACAAGAGGAGCAGAGGCGACAGGCCCAGCUUGAGCGUGAAAAACAAAUUGAGGAACAGAUUAAAAGGGAAAGUGAGCUUGCUGCAGAGAAACUUUCAAAAACCACAGAUACACUGAAACAGAAACAGAGGCUGAGAGGCCAUGAGUUCCAUCACCAAACGCAUAUAAUGCAACCGACAGUAAAUACUGAAAUUGAAAGAGAUGAGGCUGCAGAAAUAGGGAAGAAAUUCUCAGACCUCCUGUGUGAAUAUCAAAUCAUUGAGGAAGACCCAGAGGAGACAUUAGCAGGCAGGAUGAAAACCCUGCAAAAUGAGUUAAUGGUGGAGUACUGUAAGAAACACAACCUGUCCAGUAGCUGUGUGUUUUCUUUCGACACUUCAGUUGGUUAUGAGACUCUGCCUCUACAAGAUAGACUGACAGUGCUUGAGGCAAUAAUGUAUUUAUUUUUCGAGGAGGAUGAAAAUGACCACAAACAUAAACAUGACCGGGAUUUCCUCUUGGAUGUGCUCGAACUGUUUCAAGACGAUCAUCCGUCACUUGCCUUUAAUCUUUUACAGAGCGUUCUUCAAACUGAUAUUCAACUUUCUACACAGAGUAAAGACAUUCUGUGUCGGAUUGCGUUCAACAACACAUGGAAACUGCCAGAAAUAACAGAUUUCAUGCGUUAUGUUGUCGGUAAAGACAAAGAUCAAGUGCAGGCAAUACUUCACAUUGCACAGACCUACAAGCUGGAGUAUGAGAUUGUUCUCCAUGCUUUAGAUUCACCUGAUCCACCCAGACGGCUGAAAUGGCAUGUUGACACAGAGACAGACAAAAAUGCUAAUACUAUUAUUAGUGAAAUGCGCAACUCAAACUAUCCUGAGAAUGUCCUGACAAUACUAGAGGAUGUUCUGGUAUAUCUGGAAAUGGAGCUUCAAAAACACAAAAGAACUGAUCUCCAUAAAAAUGAAAUCCAGCAUGUAAAGAAAAUGGUUAAAGAACUGGAUUUUACCAAUCCAGACAGACAAGUUCUCAAAAGUGUACUAGUGCAAAUGUCAGUCGCAGUAAAAAUGUGCUCUGCUCUCACUAUUCAAAGGGGUAAAGAGGAAAUAGUCAUUGAAGGAUAUCUUCCCAGAUUAACUCAGCUUGCAGCCUUGAUGGUUUUCUUGCUUCCAAAAUCAGAAACCAAUACAGGUUGUCUUCUUGAAAUUGGAACAGGUGAAGGGAAAUCUUGUAUCUUAGCCAUGCUUGCUGUGAUCCAUGCCAUUCGUGGUGUAAAGGUGGACAUUGUGACAAGCUCUCCAGUCCUCGCUUGCCGUGAUUUAGAAGAAUGGAGCAAACUUUACAACAUGUUCGACAUAACGUCAUCUGCUGUUCCUCCAAUGCUGAAUGAUGUCUCAUCUGAAGAACAAGAUGAUCUGACUCAGGAAGCAUACAAACAAGAUGUAGUGUACAGUACUGUUGGAACAUUUGCAGCAGAUACACUGAAACAAGAGUUUGAGAAGAAAACAUCUCGUGGAGACAGGAAGUUCGAGUUGGUCCUUGUGGAUGAGGUUGACUACAUGACUUUAGAUAAUGGAGUUCAAAUAACAUUUCUGUCCCAUGAGUCCAGUGGCCUCCAGCAUUUGGAGCAGGUCCUAGCCAGCAUCUGGGCCAUUAUAUCUGCAUGUCGACCAAUUGAGGUAGAAGAAACUGGAGAGACCAUGUGGACAACAAGAGUCCAGAAUUUUCACACAGCUGCCCUGAUAGCAAUGAUUGGUUCAGAUACAAAUGAUACGUUUUCACCACUGGAAAUUUUGUUGCCAGGUAUUGAAUUAGGCUUUUACUCAGAGGAAGAUUUUGAAAAUUUGAAGGUCUCUAUUAAUGAAGAAGGAGAAAAGGAGCAUGGAGCCAUUGAAAAUGAGGCAUGGAAGACCAUCAUGGCCAAAACAGGAAUAGAACAACAGUUUGACCUGCUCACUGUUCUCGAGAUGGGGAUGGAGCACAAGGUGGCAUUUAACUGUUAUAUUUAUCAGUCAGAAACUAGAAAAGCCUUUCAAUUUGGAGAGCAAAAGACAAAAACUGACCAAAACAUCAACAUGCUGCUACUCGAGAAUGGAAAAUCUUGUGAGAUCUUGUCUGAAAAUUUGCUCAUUGAAGCUACCAUUAGUGAGGUGAAAUCCAAGAUUAAAUACUCUAAACAAUGCAGUUCAGAAGAAGAUGAUAAAGAGUUUCUUGUAAUCCCUUCUUUCUUGGAGAAAUACCUGGAAAAUCAGCUGCCACUGUUUGUUGAGAAUGCACUGAAGGCCAUUCAGAUGACCAAAGGCAGAGAGUACAUGAUUGAGAGAUCUCUUAGUGCUCAGGGAAUAGAUGUUGAUGAAGAUGGUGAACACAUGUACCAUGCAAUAAUCCCAGUGGACUUUCAGGCCAGUGGAAUGCUGGAGAAAAGAAAACGGUGGGGUGAUGGACUACAACAAUUUCUGGAGAUGAAGCAUCAGUUAACAUUAUCUCCAUUAUCAAAUGUGACAAACUACAUGUCAAAUUCAAAUUUCUUCAAAAGAUAUCUCAGAGGGAAAGGGAUAUUUGGUGUUUCUGGAACACUAGGGGGAGAUGCAGACAAGGGUUUCCUGGCAAGGCAUUACAAAACGGACAGCUAUGUCAUACCAGCUCAUCAACGUCAAAAGGUUACUGAGCUGCCUGCAGUCCAGGUGAGAGGAGGUACGGAACAAUGGAUCCAAACUAUUUGUGACACGGUCUCAAAAGUCUCUAAACGAGGACAGGUGGUGUUAGUCGUGUGUGAGGACGUCAACACAGCAAAUGCGCUCAAUAACGAAAUUGCAGCAGAAACCAAACAUUUAGUUACCAUGUACACGAUGAGUGAGAGCCACAACAUUGAGAACCAGGAGUUCAACAAGGGACAGAUCAUUAUUUCCACUAACCUUGGAGGACGUGGGACAGACAUUAAGGUCACAGAGGAGGUAAAUCGCUGUGGCGGUCUCUUUGUGCUACUCACGUACUUCCCCAAUAAUCGAAGGGUCGAGAAACAAGUCUUUGGACGAACAGGUCGAAAAGGAACCCCGGGAAUGGUCCAGGUAAUACUGAACCAUGAUCGUCUAGCCAUGGCCUACCGAGGCCAUUCUAUUGAAUUCAUGAGGGAACUCAGAGAAGAAUAUGAAAUUAAUAGAAUAAAAGACAUGGAGAAGGAGAAACUAGCUGAAAUUGAGAUGAAAGAAGAGCUGUUCUCUACAUUUUGUCAGUUCCUUACUGACUUUGACAGGCAUUAUAGUACAAGAGAGAAAACAGACCUGUUUGAAGUGAAAGUAAAAGAUGUCCCUUGUUACUUUGAGUCCUUUCACAGUAAGAUGGACUACCAUCCAGCACUGAAUGCUUUGAAGGAAUCAUGGGGUAUAUGGCUAAUACUUCACACAGACCAGAUUAACGUACACAAUGACCUUACAGAACUGAAAGAAAACCUCAUCCAGCAAUUGAAGGACAAAAGUCGUAAACUUUUACAAGGUCACAGUGAAAACCUUUAUGACCACAUACAGCAGGCUUUAGGAAGAACUGCCUUGCACCUUCAAAACAAAAACAGAUGUGACUAUGGAGCAGAAACCUACUGGAAAAAAGUCUCUGAAUCAGACAACUACUACAGAGCUGCUGCACUGUAUAAUCAGGCCUACAUUACCAUUAACAUGGCCAGAGGGGGCUACAAAAGUGAGGCAUGUUCCUUACUCAAGGAGGCAGAGAAAGCCAUAGAUGUUUACAUAUCUGAAACAGCCAACACACUGAGCUUCUGUUCUUUGUCUGUUACUCCAGAUUUUGAACCACACCACAGUGGCAGCUGUAACUUCCAAACACAAAUGCAGGCAAGGAUGAACAUAUUUAACUCAUGGAAACAAAAUAUUAAAAAAAUACUUGACAUGCUUGGACCGGGCAAUGGAGACUUCAGAACCGAGGAGCUGACACUUUACAGCUUAUCAACUGAGGAGGAUUUUGUGUCUUCUAGUGAACUCAGUCUUUUUCGUAAUUAUGGCCUCGCUAUUGUGUUUGAGGUGAAACAGAAGCCCAAAUUCUCAUUUGAUGCCCUGAUUUGUUGUUUUCUUGGUGUGAUUCAGGUUGUAGCAGGAGUUCUGAUAUGUGGUCUGUCAGCUGGUUUCAUGUCCUCAUUUGGUCUUGGCCUGAUCUCAGAAGGUGUGUCUGACAUGAUGUCCGGAGUCAUGGGUAUGAUAAAUGGUACAUUUCAAUGGGCAUCAUGGGCGAUAUCUAAAGCAAUAAAUAUAGGAAUUUCCUUGGCCUGUGGGGGAUUCCGUGUUCUCAAACAAUCAUUCUCUUUUGUGAAAAAUGCUGCAAGUAAUAUUCUCAAUGGCACCACAUCCCUAAAAAGUGUUGCAUCUAGUGCCCUCAGAUCAGGAAAAAACUUGUUUGUUUCGACAUGUAAAUCAGCCAAAUCAAUGGUGUUCUCCAUAAGUGUAAAGAACAUAACAAAGACCACGGGUAAACUGAAUUUACAAUAUGCAAGGAAAUAUGCUUUUCAGGAAUUGGCAAUUCAAGGGGUAAACACUGCUGUGAACAAAUGCAUCGAUGCUGCAGUUCAAAAGACAUUCCAACAAGGAUUUCAAGAUAUUUUCAAGGAAUCUGUCCGUUCAACAUUACAACAAAAUAAAGAGUUUGUCCAAACACUCACAGAUUUCAUCUGCUCAGGAAUUCCAAAGGCCGCCUUGCAGAAGGAAUCUGGCUCUUACAAGAUUAGCAAAACCCUAGAGAAGGAAAUGAAGGACCAUGUGGUUUUCAAUACAAACAUUGUCAUGAAUGAUCUCAUGGUAGACUGUAAACAGAUUCAUCAGGUGAUUAACACACUCUCACAGGUGUGGGACAAAUCAGCAGAGUUUGUUGCGCACCGCUCCCAUGCCUGUAUUAGGAUGCUUAUGACUACUGCAAGCAUGUCCACCACCAUUUAUGAAAUGUACAAAUCCAUUCCUACUAAACAGACCAUUGACAGUAAUUUUGUUCCAGCAUUUUUGAAGUCCUUGGGUGAGGAACCUUUAUUUGAGACAUAUGACAAUGAUGGAAGGGACAAACUGGACGAUGUGAAACGUCUUAAAGAUGAACUCAUUGAUGUAAUUUCAGAAGUUCUUUCCCAAACCAUGGUGGACAGUUUUUCUGGGUCUGCCUCCUCCAUGUUUACAAAAACAUUCACUCAGCGACUAAACUCUGCUACUGGAAAAGUAGUUGGUAAUUUACUGGGAAGACACAAAACCCAGAGUUUCUUUGUCAAUCAGAAGCAUCAUCAUGAUCUGAAAUCUGCCACUGAAUGCAAGAAAAGAUCUCUGACUGAAGAAGAACUAAAUGAACUCACAUGCUAUGCUAAUAAUAUAACUGAUGAACAAAAGCCAGCAACAACUUUAGAAGUCCAUGUCCUCACAAAAAGUAACUUGCUGGAUGGAAAAGGAAUUUGUCUGACUGUAGUAGAUGAUAAAGGAAAACUUCUCACAGAGGAGACCUACCCAGGAACUGACCCAGCAGCUGGUACUAUCAAACUUGUGCUGACAAAAACACCUCAGACUUCUUCCGGAAAAGGAGGAUUUUGGAGUAAAUUGACAGACAGGGUUAUGGGGAACGACACACCACAAAGUGGCCACAUUGACAUUAUUCACAGUGAUGACUCAUGGGAAAUUGUAAACUCCACAAAUCAGAACUGUCUGUUUCAUGCGGUCAUCCAAGCAACAGCUAAGGAUCCAAAUGUUGAUAUAAAACAAAAAGCUGUAGAACUCCGCAUCAAAGUCAGUGAGGAGUACAAAACCAGUCACUACUGGUAUUAA